ACUUUUGACUUACUUGGGGUGAGUUUGGUAUCACUAACCUACUUUUUAGAAGGCUUCGUCCCCCAACUGCUUAGAAGUGCCGCUGGUGAUAAAUUAUCGGAUAUUUGCGAGGGAGACGCUUGUAUAAACGUUGAAUCCUUGACGAGUGUGACAGCGAGUUACGUUCCUUGUGCCAGUGUCAUCUUGCAAAACGAAUAACUUCUUACUAUUAUGCCACGGUAUCCAAAGAUUCAUCCCCCCAGUAAUGCCAGUCGUCGCAGCAACCAAUCCAUUGCUAGUAUGGUUCGAAGUACCAGCGAAGGCAGAACGCAGAAUGAGCCAAAUCAGACCAGGACUACAUCUGAUGUACGCCGACAAAUUAUAAAUGCACUGCUAAUAUCCUUGUAUUUUUGGGGGCUAAUGCGACAAUGUGAUACACAGGAGUCGAUUAGAUCGAACAUUGGCUCGAGAAGAGCCACACAUGCAUCAGUUUUGACUGAGCUUCACGAGUCUGAGCAGGCUGCUGUUGGAAGUGAAUGCUCUGACAUAAAGCCCACCGCCGAAAAUCCAACUUCUAUAUAUGAUGGGAUGUCGAGAGAGGCCAUAGAGGACUUGCGAGAGAAGGAUGCAAAAGCUGCAUCAUCGAGAGGCUGGACAAACAUAUCCCAAUUUCUUCAGGCCCACGAUCAUCGUGUCGUCCAAGAUCAGAAGGAAGACAUCGAUACGCUGCUGGUCUUUGCAGGACUAUUCUCCGCAGUUCUAACUGCGUUCAACAUUGAGCUUUACAAAGGCUUGCAACCAGAUCCACAAGCCGCUAGCGCAUACUUCCUCUCCCAAUUAGCCCUUCAGGUGAACAAUUCUGCGACAAAUGCUGCUCUUGCUGCGCAAUUCCAACCGUCUGAAACCUCCUCAGCCUCCGUGCGCAUCAACGCAUUGAUGUUCGUCAGCUUGCUUCUCUCGCUCAUAACCGCUUCGGUCGGUAUACUGGUGAAGCAAUGGUUCAGGGCCUACUUGAGACUGGAAUCUGGGGAUGCCGUGGAACGUUGUCGCAUACGGGAUAUGCGUCAAACAGGGCUACUCACAUAUCGAGUCUUCGAGAUAGCAGCAACCCUGCCGCUGCUCAUGCAAGCUGCGCUCUUCUUGUUCUUCUUAGGUCUUAGCGAUUUCCUCCGGUCUUUAAAUCCCGUCGUUGGCUGGCUCGCCACGGCGAUAGUGAUUAUCUGGCUUGUGGCCAUUUUGGCAACCACGCUCAUGCCUGCUAUAGACCCGAAAUGUCCAUACAAAACACCUUUUGUACAGGACAUUCUGAGGCGACUUCAUUCUUCGCUCAGCUUCUCGAAGCACUUUGUUCUAGGGCCGGCAUCCGAUCGUGGUCGAACAGACGACGCGAUAGACAUCCCUAGUCUUCUCAGGGUCGACCAGAAAUUUGUGGAUAAUGGGCUUGUCGUGGCCAUCGGAGAGUGCCUCUACACGAAGGCCUAUACCGUUACUCUUAGUCAAUUGCAAUCAUGCAUAAGCGACAUAGAGAUUCGGCGACACCAUUCAAACCCCUCGGACAAGACUACCCUUGUGCAAGCUUCAGUGCACGGAACUAUUUCUGUUGCUUCUCACAUCUUUCCAGAGUGGGCGCACGACAUAACACGAUCUUGGGAAUACAUUGUGAAGAAUGCGACGCUUGAUGUUAAAUUAUAUGAUAUCCUUGAUGUUAUUUUCUCGAAAUCGGUCGAGGACGACAGUGACCUGAUUCCAAACGUUGCUCUCAAGCAGCUGUGUUCUGCGACACCGUUGGAACUUGCCAUUCUGCGAAAGCAGAGCGCUCCCAUAAGCAGACCGGAUGCACUUCAGACCAUCAUCACCUGUUGUCGAGCGAAGAUCCAGCGACCGCCGCCUCGCCAAAACAAUCUUGCAGCAUACAUAGCGAUCUUCCUGUUCCUGGUCACGCAUACGCGCCGUGCUGUAAAGAAUGUGCUGCUCGAAGAAAUUGGACAGGCAGUGCAAGACUUUGGCUCUGCCCUACGUCAAUGGCGACUUCAGGGCAGCAACUUAUUACCUGAGACAAUGGCAGAGCAGUGCCUCACUUACCUGGAAGUGGUUGGCAGAGAUUUUCCGAAGUUGGAUCUGACGGAACUGUAUGACGCUGUAACGAUGCUCCCAGCUAUCGGAAGGCAUCCUACAUUGGGCACGCGCAGCCCCAGUCCAAUCUUGAGAGAAAGUCCGAGGCAGGAUUCGCUCGACUGCGAUAAUGAAAGAAGAGUAAAGUUAGAUUUACAAGGGUAGCGGAGUGCCAAUUGCAGGUUCAGCAGGGCUGAAAAAGGUCAGCACGGGGACUCACCUCUGGUGACCUUUGCAGAGGCGGGUAUAUAUAGGUUCAGUUUCAACCACUAGUUCCAUUCUAUAGGGAUCUUUCUUACAGGCUGCUUUGAGUGCUUUGGACGGCAGACACUUGUACUCUCCUCGUUUACGUCUUUAUAAUUCUACAUGACCCUGCCCCUCGGAGUCUGGCACAAGUAGAACUUGAUUCGUGAUCUCUCGAAAGAAGUGGACUCAUCCGCCGCGAAGAGUCUUCCAGCCAAGAGAGCUCUGGGUUCAGGACGCCGCACAGUUAUUGGAAGUUAAGGCAAAUCUCAAUAGUGUAGUCGAACUCGAGACCGAGAUUGAAAAUGAAGUUGAUUUUGAGGA